ACUAUCAAGAUUCAACAGCCUGAGAAAGGUAAAGUCGCGUCCUACCGCGUCGUAGAAAAUUCAGUGCUGUCGUAACAUUUCUUUCAUCUCUCUCUCUUCGGUUCUCUCCCAUCUCAACUGAACAUUAAUUGAGAUCUCACUUCCUUUUCAAAUUCACCUCCCACUCAUACAACAACUCUUCACAUUUCUUUGUAUCAAGGAGCCAAGUACUGGCGCGGGAACUGCGAAUUCGUAAAUCGAUAUACAACAACUCUACUCGAGAUGUCUCGAGUAGAAGAAAACUGGGAGAGAUUGGUGCGUGCUGCAUUACGGAGGGAACGUACAGGUGGUGAUGCAUUUGGUCGACCGGUUACUGGAAUUGCUGGUAACGUACCGUCUUCUUUGGAGAACAAUAGGGAUAUAGAUGCAAUUCUGAGGGCUGCUGAUGAAAUACAAGAUCAAGACCCAAAUAUCUCAAGAAUUCUUUGUGAGCAUGCUUACGCAUUGGCACAAAACUUGGACCCCAACAGUGAAGGUAGAGGUGUGCUACAAUUCAAGACCGGUUUGAAUUCUGUGAUCAAGCAAAAACUUCUUAAGAGGGAAGGUCUAAGCAUAGACAGAAGCCAGGACAUUGCUCGCUUACGGGAAUUUUACAAGCUUUACAGAGAAAAUAACAAAGUAGAUGAGCUACGUGAAGAUGAAAUGAAAUUAAGGGAGUCUGGUGCUUUCAGUGGUAACCUUGGAGAGUUGGAGCGGAAAACUGUCAAAAGGAAAAGGGUGUUUGCAACUCUGAAGGUUUUAGGUGCAGUGCUGGAGAAGCUAAGUGAAGAGGAUACAGAUGGAUUGAUCUCUGAAGAGCUGAAGCGAGUGAUAGAAUCUGAUGCAGCGAUGACAGAGGAUUUAAUCGCUUUCAAUAUAGUUCCACUGGAUGCAGCCCUGACUACAACAAAUGCAAUUGUGUCUUUACCUGAGGUACGGGCUGCAGUUUCAGCUCUAGGGUACUUUAGAGGUUUGCCCAAGUUGCCAGAAGAUUAUUCUACUCCUGAGACGAGGAAUGCAGAUAUGCUUGAUUUUCUGAAUUACGUUUUUGGAUUCCAGAAGGACAAUGCUGGUAACCAGAGGGAACAUAUUGUUCUCCUCCUUGCCAAUGAGCAAUCUCGACUUGGCAUUACAGAGGAAAUUGAUCCAAAAUUGGAUGAAGCUGCUGUACAGAAAGUGUUUUUGAAGUCACUUGAUAACUACAUCAAGUGGUGCAAUUACUUGGGUAUUCAGCCAGCUUGGGGCAGCUUGGACACUGUGAAUAAGGAAAAGAAAUUACUGUUUGUUUCUUUGUACUUUCUCAUAUGGGGAGAAGCUGCCAACAUUCGGUUUCUUCCAGAGUGUCUGUGCUACAUAUUUCAUCAUAUGGUUAGAGAAAUGGAUGUGAUUUUACGGCAGUCAAGUGCAGUGCAAGCUGAUAGUUGCAAGUUACAGACUGGUGGCCGUGCAUCAUUUCUUGAUCAAGUUAUUUCUCCUUUGUAUGAUGUCGUGGCUGCGGAAUCUAAAAACAAUAAUAAUGGCAAAGCAGCUCAUUCAGCAUGGAGGAAUUAUGACGAUUUCAAUGAGUACUUUUGGUCACUACAUUGUUUCGAACUUAGUUGGCCGUGGCGCAUAAAUUCACCCUUUUUUAUGAAGCCCGUACCGAAGUCUAAGGAUUUUCUGGCAUGUACUGGAGGUCAGCACCAAGGGAAGACUUCUUUUGUAGAGCACCGGACAUUUCUCCAUCUUUAUCAUAGUUUCCACCGAUUGUGGAUAUUUCUAUUUAUGAUGUUUCAGUUACUCGUCAUCAUCGCUUUCAACCAAGGGAAGUUUAACGAUAAGACGAUAAGAGAGGUUCUUAGUCUUGGCCCGACGUUUGUCAUCUUGAAGUUUUUUGAGAGUGUGCUGGACAUUCUCAUGAUGUAUGGAGCCUAUACUACAUCACGACACAUAGCAGUUUCUCGAAUUUUUCUUAGGUUUCUAUGGUUUACCGGUGCUUCAGUCGUCAUAUCCUAUCUUUACGUGAAAGCUCUUCAGGAGCAAAGAAAACCAAAUUCAAGUUCUGUUAUAUUUCGGAUGUACGUCUUUGUCAUAGGAAUAUACGCUGGUGUCCAACUGCUUUUUAGUCUCCUCAUGCGUAUACCUGCAUGCCAUAGCUUGACUAAUUCAUGUGAUCGCUGGGCUGUAAUUCGCUUCUUUAAGUGGAUGCACCAGGAGCGCUACUACCUUGGGCGUGGGAUGUAUGAGAGGACUAGUGACUAUAUCAAGUAUAUGCUUUUUUGGGUAGUCGUUCUAGGCUGCAAAUUUGCAUUUGCUUAUUUUCUCCAGAUUGAGCCCCUCGUAGAACCCACAAGAAUUAUUGCAAAUCUUCCCGUUUUAGAAUAUUCGUGGCAUGAUUUCGUAUCUAAAAAUAACCACAAUGCUUUGGCAAUUGGGAGCUUAUGGGCACCAGUGAUUGCUAUCUAUCUCUUAGAUAUCUAUGUGUUUUACACAAUUAUAUCGGCCAUUGUUGGGUUUCUUCUUGGGGCUAGGGAUCGUCUUGGGGAGAUUAGAUCAUUGGAAGCUGUCCAUAAACUUUUUGAAAAGUUUCCUGGGGCUUUUAUGGAGACUCUUCAUGUUCCUCUUUCUAGAAGGUCCUUCCUCCAAACCUCCAAUCAGGUUUUUGAGAAGAACAAAGCAGAUGCUGCUCAGUUUUCCCCCUUUUGGAAUGAGAUUAUAAAGAACUUGCGAGAAGAAGAUUAUCUUACUAGCUUAGAGAUGGAGUUACUUCUCAUGCCCCAAAAUUCUGGAAAUAUGCCCUUAGUUCAGUGGCCCCUAUUUCUUCUUGCUAGCAAGUUAUUUAUGGCUAAGGAUAUUGCUGGUGAGGUCAAGGACUCGCAAGAUGAACUAUGGGAAAGGAUUUCAAGAGAUGACUACAUGAAGUAUGCAGUCGAGGAGUGCUAUCACACUAUUAGAUAUAUUUUGACAGAGAUACUUGAUGAUGAAGGAAAGAUGUGGGUGGAGAGGAUUUAUGAAGAUAUUCAUGGGAGUAUAAUGAAGAAGGAGAUCCAUUUUGACCUUCAGCUAGUUAAACUGCCUCUCGUCAUAUCCAGAAUUACUGCUCUGACUGGAAUUCUGAAGGGAACAGAAUCACCUGAAUUGCAAAAGGGUGCUGUGAAAGCAGUGCAAGAUCUAUACGAUGUGAUCCAGCAUGAUAUUCUUUCUGUUAAUAUGAGAGGAAACUAUGAAACAUGGAGUAUUUUAAUAAAUGCAAGGAGUGAAGGUCGCCUUUUCUCUGAUUUGAAGUGGCCCAAGGAUGCUGAGUUGAGAGCACAAAUUAAGAGAUUGCACGCACUCUUAACCAUCAAAGACUCAGCUGCAAACAUUCCAAAAAAUCUGGAAGCCAGGAGGAGGCUGCAGUUCUUCACGAAUUCCCUUUUCAUGGAGAUGCCUGCUGCUAUGCCAGUCCGCAAAAUGGUGCCUUUCAGUGUGUUCACUCCGUAUUAUUCUGAGAUUGUACUUUAUAAUAUGGCUGAUUUGCGAAAGAGAAAUGAGGAUGGGAUAUCUCUAUUGUUUUAUCUGCAAAAGAUAUUUCCAGAUGAGUGGAAGAACUUUCUGGCUCGAAUAGGUCGAGACGAGAAUACUUUAGACUCUGAACUUUUUGAAAAUCCUAGCGAUGUCCUGGAGCUUAGGUUUUGGGCUUCUUACCGCGGACAAACAUUAGCUAGGACUGUACGGGGGAUGAUGUACUACAGGAAGGCAAUUAUGCUCCAGAGCUAUUUGGAAAGGAUUUCUCCCGGAGAUACGGAAGCCAUACUCUCAGCAAAGGAGGCCUUUGACACUCAAGGUUUUGAGCUGUCUCCUGAAGCUCGAGCGCAGGCAGAUCUUAAGUUUACGUAUGUUGUAACAUGCCAAAUCUAUGGGAAACAGAAAGAACAACAAAAGCCAGAGGCUGCGGACAUUGCAAUGCUGAUGCAACGACACGAGGCUCUUAGAGUUGCUUUCAUUGAUGUUGUUGAAACUCUGAAGGAGGGUAGAGUUCAUACAGAGUACUACUCAAAGCUUGUUAAGGCUGACGACAAUGGGAAAGAUAAGGAAAUAUACUCCAUAAAAUUACCAGGAGAUCCAAAACUUGGUGAAGGGAAGCCUGAAAACCAGAACCAUGCUAUCAUUUUUACACGUGGUAGUGCAGUUCAGACAAUUGAUAUGAAUCAGGAUAAUUACUUCGAGGAAGCCUUGAAGAUGAGAAAUCUGCUGGAGGAGUUCUAUCAUGAUCAUGGUAUUCGUCCUCCAACUAUUCUUGGUGUAAGAGAGCAUGUCUUCACAGGGAGUGUCUCAUCCUUGGCGUCAUUCAUGUCCAACCAAGAGACAAGUUUUGUUACUUUAGGCCAACGUGUUUUAGCGAAUCCUCUAAAGGUGCGCAUGCAUUAUGGACAUCCAGAUGUGUUUGAUCGGGUUUUCCACAUAACAAGAGGCGGUAUCAGCAAAGCGUCACGCGUUAUUAACAUUAGCGAAGAUAUAUAUGCUGGGUUCAAUUCAACAUUGCGUCAAGGCAAUAUUACUCACCAUGAGUACAUUCAGGUUGGAAAAGGUCGAGAUGUUGGUCUGAAUCAGAUUGCAGUAUUUGAAGGGAAAGUGGCUAGUGGUAAUGGUGAACAGGUUCUUAGUAGGGACAUUUACAGACUCGGUCAACUCUUUGAUUUCUUCCGCAUGCUGUCGUUCUACUUCACCACCGUUGGAUUUUAUUUUUGUACUAUGUUAACAGUGCUGACUGUGUAUAUUUUUCUGUACGGGAAGAUAUAUUUGGCACUCUCUGGAGCCGGUGAAUCUAUUAUGGAAAAAGCCAAUGUGUUGCAGAACACUGCAUUGACUGCUGCUCUCAAUACACAGUUUCUUUUCCAGAUCGGUGUUUUUACUGCUAUACCGAUGAUUUUGGGAUUCAUUUUGGAGCAAGGUUUUUUGAGGGCAGUUGUCAGUUUUAUCACAAUGCAAAUCCAGCUUUGUUCUGUCUUCUUCACAUUUUCUCUUGGCACAAGAACGCAUUAUUUUGGUAGGACAAUUCUCCAUGGGGGUGCAAAGUAUCAAGCAACAGGCAGGGGGUUUGUGGUGCAACAUAUAAAAUUUUCAGCAAAUUAUAGACUAUACUCGCGAAGCCACUUUGUUAAAGGAUUAGAAGUUGCACUUCUGCUGGUGGUGUACGCUGCUUAUAGAUAUGAUGAUGGUGGUGCUUUAGGCUAUAUUCUUCUUUCUGUUAGCAGUUGGUUCAUGGCACUCUCUUGGCUAUUCGCACCCUAUGUGUUCAAUCCUUCUGGGUUUGAAUGGCAGAAGACUGUAGAGGACUUCAGAGACUGGACAAAUUGGCUCCUGUAUAGAGGUGGUAUCGGAGUAAAGGGAGAGGAGAGUUGGGAAGCUUGGUGGGAUGGGGAAUUGGAACAUAUUCGAACAUUUGGAGGGAGGUUAAUGGAGAUCUUACUGAGCUUUAGAUUUUUCAUUUUCCAGUACGGCAUUGUUUACAAGCUGCAUGCAUCAGGGGAUGAUACCUCUUUGACGGUCUACGGGUUAUCGUGGAUCGUACUUGCUGUUCUCAUUAUUCUUUUCAAGGUGUUUACCUUUAGCCAGAAGAUAUCUGUUAAUUUCCAGCUGGUGCUGCGCUUUGUCCAAGGCGUGUCAUUCAUGCUAGCAAUGGCUGGUUUAGCUGUUGCAGUGGUACUGACUAAUCUAUCCGUGCCAGAUAUCUUUGCCUGCAUCUUGGCAUUUGUACCCACUGGAUGGGGUAUUAUUUCGAUAGCUAUUGCGUGCAAGCCGUUGAUGAAGAAGCUUGGGUUGUGGAAGUCGAUACGCUCCAUUGCUCGUCUAUAUGAUGCUGGAAUGGGAAUGAUUAUUUUCAUUCCCAUUGCCAUUUUCUCCUGGUUCCCCUUUGUUUCGACAUUUCAGACACGACUGAUGUUCAACCAAGCAUUUAGCCGGGGGUUGGAGAUUUCUCUCAUCCUUGCUGGAAACAACCCGAACUCUGAUCUAUGAUGGCUGUGUUUCAUUUUGAACUUUGUAUUGUAAAAUGUAGGAAUGAAAUGUUUUUAGGCUUUACUCCAUUUUUCAGUCUCAGGAUAGCAGGAUGUGUAAUGACAUUUGUAUCUCAUGAGAAGUUAGAAAUACUUUCUGUAUAAAGAACGGUGUAAUGAUAUUCUGUAUAAAAUUAUGUUUGCAUUUUUAUCA